AAAAUUAUGAUAUAGGAGCACCCAAUCUCUGACUUUUAUAUUUAUUCCAACUAUACCCCUAUCCUAAUAUUUACAAGUACACUCAUUUUGCCGCUACCAAAUCACCAUAAUCAGCCCUUCCCUCUCCCAACAGCCACCGCUUCACUUUACCAACCCCUCGCCGUCCGAUCAAACCGCCGUCCAAAUCGACGGUAGAUAUGGCUCAGCUGACUCACCGCGCCUCCGCUCUCCAUAAAUCCAUCCCCGCAGUCCUCUUCGCCGCGCGGGGCCUCGCCACCGCCUCCACAUCCCCAAUCACGGUGGAGACCUCCCUCCCCUUCACCGGCCACAAGAUCGAUCCGCCGUCGCGCUCCGUCGAGACCUCCUCGCAGGAGCUCCUCACCUUCUUCCGCGACAUGGCGCUCAUGCGCCGUAUGGAAAUCGCGGCCGAUUCGCUCUACAAGGCCAAGUUGAUUCGUGGAUUCUGCCACCUAUACGACGGCCAGGAGGCCGUCUGUGUCGGGAUGGAGGCCGCGAUUAACAAGAAGGAUUGCAUAAUCACCGCCUACCGCGACCACUGCAUCUUCCUAGGGCGUGGGGGAACUCUGCUGGAAGCGUUCGCGGAGCUGAUGGGGAGGAAAUCCGGGUGCUCGAAGGGGAAGGGAGGCUCGAUGCAUUUUUACAAGAAGGAGGGAGGUUUUUACGGCGGACAUGGAAUCGUCGGGGCGCAGGUUCCAUUGGGUUGUGGAUUGGCCUUCGCGCAAAAGUACAGCAAGGAUGAGAGUGUGACGUUCGCGAUGUACGGAGACGGUGCCGCGAACCAGGGGCAGUUGUUUGAGGCGUUGAACAUGGCCGCGCUGUGGGAUCUGCCUGCUAUUUUGGUCUGCGAAAAUAAUCACUAUGGAAUGGGCACAGCAGAAUGGAGGGCAGCAAAGAGUCCUGCUUAUUAUAAGAGAGGAGAUUAUGUUCCAGGUUUGAAGGUGGAUGGUAUGGAUGUCCUUGCUGUCAAACAAGCAUGCAAGUUUGCAAAGGAGCAUGCUCUCAAGAAUGGACCAAUUAUUCUUGAAAUGGACACCUACAGAUACCAUGGACACUCCAUGUCUGAUCCUGGAAGCACAUACCGUACACGUGAUGAAAUCUCUGGUGUUAGACAGGAACGUGACCCAAUUGAAAGAGUCAGAAAGCUUAUCCUGACUCACGAUAUUGCCACUGAGAAGGAACUGAAGGAUACCGAAAAAGAAGUAAGAAAAGAGGUGGAUGAAGCCAUUGCACAAGCUAAGGAGAGUCCCAUGCCUGACCCUUCAGAGCUGUUCACUAAUGUAUAUGUCAAAGGCCUGGGAACUGAGGUAAAAUUAUUUCAUUAUAUUCAUUUAUUUUUAAGUAGACUCUUAACAACUAUAGUUCUCGAAUUUCUAUUGUAAAAGUGAUAUCAUCGUGGUAUCAAGUUCUGACAAUCAUCUCUUCUCGUACCGACUUUUACAAGUAAACUGUAAAAGGAUCGUAAAGGAUCUAAUACAUGUUUCCUUACUUGACCAGUUUUAAUUAACCAAAAUAUCCGUGAAAGUUAAUUUCACAAACCUGGGUUGGCUAAGUCAAGCCAUAAACUAGUUAAAGUUAUGAAAAUAAAUAAACCUAAUUAGCUAUUGGCCUCUUCACGGGAAAAGUGAUAUCAUCAUGCUAUCUUUACAGCAUAGUGAAAAGAGAUUCUUGUUAAUUUUUAUCUGCUGCUUGGCAGUUGGAAGGAACUAAAAAGAUAAAAAUAGAGCAUUCAGAUAUAGAUCUGUUCAUUCAAUACCUAAGCUAGGAUAAUAGAAAUUGCAUUUGACUAAAAUAUGCAAUUUCAAAGAACUUAUCAAACUACUCAAACCAACUCAAUAUGGUCUGACCACAAAAAAGAAGCUGCAAAGGAUGUCUAAAAGCAUGUGUGGGUUGAGAAAUUGUUUGGUGCCAUUUUAUCAUUUUCCUGUCACAAUUAAUAUACUCCCUCCAUCCUGGAAAAUUAUUCCUAAUUUUCUUUUUUGGGGGGUUCAGAAAAAAUAGUCCUAUUCUAUAUAUGGAUACUACCCCACAACAUAUUAAGCUCAAUAUAUUAAUUUAUUUACCUAUUCUACUACAUGGUGGUCCCCAUUUUCCAUUCCCAAUACAAUUAAUUAUCGUUAUAAAACACUACCUUUAAGAUGAGAUCUUUUAUCCACUUAUAAUAUACUUAACUAUUUUUAUUAUUAAAACUUGUGUUACUCCGUCCUAGGACUAUUGUUUCAGGACGGAGGGAGCAUGAUUCAGUAUCUUUAGGUACCAUACUCCUAUGAUGAUCUCUGCCAUCUUCCUGCUUGCUCUGAUCUGAAGCAUUCAAUUGCUUUGUUUUAGGUUGUGUCUGUUGGUUACUUGACUAUAUCAGCUUUUAUUGUAUGAAGUUAAUUUCAGAGUUAUGCUGGAGCAUGAGCAAUUUAAAAUGGGAACUGCGAACACUCCGUGAAAUUAAUUGCACUCGGAAAAAAAUUAAAUUUUCGCUCAUUUUAAGAUUUGAAUUUAGGUGUUGCAUUCAUUCAUCAAGAUGAUUCAUUCACCGUAGAUCUUCACGAUUGAAGGGCUGAGAAUGGUUUUCCGGUCUCAUUUAAAUAAAAAUUCUCAUUUAUAUAUAUAUAGCUAUUACAGUCUGUUGCCUGAUGGACCAUUAGUUAUCAAGUGUAACAGUGUAUAAACUUUCAUACGGCAGUGUGAAUUCAAAUAUUAUGCUAAUUGCUAAAAGACAUGUCCUUACUACAACUGUUGGUGAUCUGACUGGAGUUUGCGUUGAUUGCAGUCAUUCGGAGCAGAC